GGGUACAGGCGACAGAAAUUUCUUUAGAACUUUUAUGUUUGUAAUAUUUAUGUUGAAUUUAACAACUUCUUCUGUUAAAGGCAUUAGAUUUAGAUGGGCCUUUGGAAAUAGCCGUGGUAAUCAGGAACCCUCCAAGACUUCCAUUGGUGGCCGGGGAGGAAGUUCGUUUUGGCAGGAAGAUGUUUUCAAUACUUGGGUGUUUGGCGGAAAGGGUAUAUAUAAUGGACGACCAUCCAUGAAAAAUGAUCUAUGGAAAUAUAAUGUUAGGGAAAGAAAGUGGACUUUGGAACAUCCUGGGUCUGAAAGUUUAGAUAUAUCUUCCAAAAAUAAGAACAGGGCACCUGUUCCAAGGAGGUAUGCAUCAAUGUGCGGGGUGCCUGGGACACUAAUUGUUGUGUUUGGGGGGAUGAAUAAGGAUAAACAGGUGCUUGGAGACACCUGGGUAUUUGUAUUCAAGAAAAAAGAGUGGCUUCCAUUGUCAGAAAUGUUAAAGAAUCUGAGAAACGAGAGCAUUGGAGAGUCCCCUGAUCCAAGAGCUGAUGCUGUUGUGUGGUGUAUGCAGACAAAAAUGAUGCUUUUUGGAGGCAUUUCUGAGACUUUGGACCAGUAUGAUGAUAUGUGGGAAUACAGCCUUAUUGAUCUUAAUUGGAGGCAAGAGAAACUCUCCUCAGAACUUCACAGAAAAGGAAUCAUCCGUCCACAGAUAACGUACCCAGCAGGUCGUAGUGGUGCAACAGCUUGGGUUGGCCACAAUGAACAGCUGUACAUGUUUUCUGGAAACACGCAAACCAAAAACAAAGUGGAUUCUCAUCACAAUUCAGGAUUUUCCACUGAUCUGUGGAAUUUUGACUGCAAGAAAAAUGCAUGGGUGAAAAUAAUGGGGGACCCAAAUAAGUGCUUGGCAGGUUAUUAUGGCAAAAAAGGCAUGGCAAACAAAAAAAAUAUUCCAGGAUGUCGGAGGGGAGCAAUUCAUUGGACUGAUAGUGAGGGGCACUUGUGGAUGUUUGGAGGAGAGGGGGCCUCUUCAGACCCCAGGACAAUCUCUGAUGAAGUUCCAGAUGUCAUUCUGAAUGACCUCUGGUACUUUGACCUUGACUAUAAAAUGUGGUCAUGGAUGGGUGGAUCUGACAGAGCCAGUGACCCGGGAAGUUACGGUUCAGCAGACAAUGAAUUUGAUCAUGGAAGAUAUCCAAGCUGUCGAACAGAUGCCAUGUCUUUCAAUACAUGGAACGAACUGUAUGUAGUUGGAGGGAUAGGACAUGACUCCACUAAAGCUUUCAGUCUGUUAGAUGAUGUAUGGGGUAUUGACGUCCACAGUGAGGUUAAUUACAGAGAUGCGGCUUGGCCAGGAUCUGUGUUCAUGCUUAUUUUUUUCUUUAUUGGCUUAUUACUUGUUCUGGUUGUUACUUUUAGUUUUGCUCGUAAAUAUUUCUCAGGGAGUAAGAAAAAUGAAAGUAAGAAGUAUGAUGUAGAAUACUCCAUGCUCCAGGAUGAAGCAGAUUAAAGAAUCAGUGCUUCCAUAUGAAGCAGAUUAUAGUCUACUUCAAAAAGUAUAUUUCAGUUACAUGUAUAUAAAUAUUUGUGUAAAUUUUGUUAAAAGUAUUUGAUGUUGAAUAUUUAAGUUUUUCAGACUUUACCCCACCUUGAUUACAUAAUCAGGCUGUAAACUGUGAUACUAUACAAAAAUAUGAUCUCUUUAUUAAAUGAAAUCCACAGCAAUCUAGCUGCAGAUGUAUUUCACUGGUCAAAAAAAAAUUCAGAUGGACGACUAGUGAGCUACAGUGCCACCCAUUGAUGAAAUUGUAUAUUUAUUGCGCACAAAAAGGUGUGCUGGUUUUUUUAUUUAUUUCUUCAUAUAUUUAAACUGUACAUGUCAUCUCAAAAUAUUUUUAACCUUGUGUUCCUAGCAUAUACAUAUAUUCUUUUACUAUUUCCACAACAAGACAUUGCUCAUAACAGUUUAGCCCUCCUGAACCUGAAAUUGAGGCUAUAUAUUGAAAAUUUUCAGCUAUUAAUACUGCCAUUUGGAGAGGUAAGACAAUUUUUCCAACAUGCUUGAUCCAGAAUGAGAAGUCUAAGGAAUUUUUUAAAUUAAUUGAGUUUUUUUGCAGUUGAGAAAUAAAUCCAGAAACCAGCGCAACUUGUUGUGUGCAGUAAAUACAGUUUUUUCAGGGGUGGCACUAGAGCUCUUCAGUCUGUCAAUAUAUAUUUUUUGGAGAGCUACAGUUCUGCAGCUACCUGCAAUCAAAUUUCAGCAUCAUUGUUGAUGUAUUUUCAUCAUUGUUUAUAAUUUUGUAAUUACUUAUUAUUACAAAUGUGCAUGUGUGUGUUGUAUUAUUUUGUUUUGUUUUUAAUUCUAUAUUAUUUUUUCUGUAUAAUUAUUCCACUGUUGUAGACCAUUGGUAAAAUAUUAAUUAAUCUAAAUAUGGUAAUAUUAUUUGUGUAUACAUUAAAAGCACAAUCACAAAAGCUGAACCCCCCCCCCCCCUCUUCCCCACCUGCACCCCACAUACACAUCUACUCCAGACUAAUAUUUGUGUUAUAAGGCACACUGUAAUUAUGACAGAAAACCUUUAAUAUAAAAGAUUUAAACAUAUUUACAUUGUGCAAGACCUACAUUCAAAAAAUGGUGUCUUGAUAGAUAGAUUAUCGGUAUAAACAGUUCACCAGUAGUGGACACAGAUUUAUCUAUUUAGAGGCAUUACUGUAGAUUCCUUAUUUUAUGCGAGUACUUAAUAUUGCGAAAUGGACAUAGGACCUCAAAUCACUAGAAUAAUAAUUCGCAAGUGGACGACUGAUGAAGAGAUUUUACAUACAUUUAAGCACCAUAAAAAUAAAAGCGCAUACAUAAUUUUAUUUUACGAGUGGUGCUUUUCAUGAAAUUUUGCGAUAAUUAUUCCUCGCAUAUAUUUAGGGAUUUGCAGUAUGUUAAUAGUACUACAGUCAUCAAUGUAUUUAAUUGUUUCUGUAUUUUUUAUGCCCCCGGAUCCAAAGAUCCCAGGGGUAUAUUGUUUUUGUCAUGUCUGUCUGUUUGUCUGUCUGUUGUCAACUUUAACCUUGCCCA